CAGCUGAGUUGGAGCAGCGCGCUGUGCAGGAUGGCGUCUUCAUCAGAUGAGUCUAUUUUUGCUGCAGAUGGUGAGACAGAUAGUUAUUUGUAUUGCUGUAUGCACCUAACUAAUGCCAAAACCAAAAUAUUGAAAUUCAGUGAAAAGAGCUGGGCUAAAUUUAGAGAGUGCUGCAGGCGAUGGCAGCCUUUAAAUUGCCCUGAAGCUCUCAUCGCCCUGUCCUUCGUCAACACGGACGUGGAGCCGCGUGCUGUUCUUCCAAGUGGUCUGCAGUACAGUGGACUGGUCAGAAAAAGGAAACGCCGUGGCAAUCCAGGAUAUCACCUUAAGUGCUAUCGUCAUUUCUGCAACAUCAGCCAUAUCAAACGAGCUGAAGACAAACAGAAAAAGGCAGACCAGAGAAGAGACAGAGGUGGAGAUAAUACCGGUGCUGGUCCUUCAGAGGGAGGCGUUCAGGAAGAGCCCAGUUCUACUACACAGGAAUUGACAGCUAAUGCAGAAGACCACUUAACAUCUCUCACUGGGACUCAUGAGGAAACUGCAAAAGAACAACAUGGUGUGCACUUAUCCAAGUGGCUUUUGCGCUCAUCAAUAUCUGAUGGCCAAGUUCAACCUCUUCCUGGCAAAAAACAUAUUUUGCCUGUUCAGUGUGUCAUCUGUAGGCGUAUUAAGUACACCAAAGAAAAGCUAACACGCAAGCAUAUGAAAGAACCGCUAAUUCAUUGUGCAGCUGUGCAUGGUGAUCACUUGCUCAAAGCAGCAAAAAUCAAACAAGAUGAGCAACUGUUACUUGAUAUUCAAGAAAGAGAUCUCAUAGCAGUAGAAGUGAAAUACCACCGCUCUUGUUAUCGGAAGUACAUAGCCUGGAAUUACAAGUCAAAGGGAAAUGCUAACACUGCACCGCGAGAAUAUAAGCAGUCAUUUCAGAAAUUUUAUGAUGAAAUCAUUCAGGAAAAGCUAAUCCAAGGAAAAGAGGUCUGGCCACUUAGUGAACUUAACAAAAUCUUCAUUCAGAUGAUAAAGGAAGUGGAAGGUAUAGAUGCCAAAGGAUACAAAAGUGGUAGGUUAAAAAAACGAAUUCAAAAGUCAAAUCCAUGUAUUUGCUUUUGUAGGCCAUUACAUUUGUGUAAGAGUGACAUUGUGUUUGUGGGUGAUCUGACGGUCCAAAAUGUUGUUAAAGAUGCUGUUGGCCAGAUGUCAUUGAUCCAAAACAAAAGUACUAGUUAUCCUUCAGGUCUUGGUCAUGGCCAAAGCUGUUCUUCAGUCAGUGAAGCUAGAUCCAAUAUGUUCCUGAUGGCUACUAAGUCUGAAACUAGCAUUCCCCCUGCCAAGGACUCUCUGAAAAAGCAUCCGGAAAGGGCAGAUUAUCAGGCUGCCAAUCACAGACAGUCCUUCAAGCAGGAUCCUCAGGUUCAUAGUCCAGAUGGACAUGGGCAGAAGAUCAUAGGUGAUUUGGAGAUAAGUAGGGAAGCUCAGCCACCACUGCCGGACUAUAUACUUGACUUGAUUAACUGCAGCUGUAAGAAAACCAACUGUGAACCACUAGCAUCAGGUGCCAAAGGCGGGUGCUUGUGCCGAACAUAUAAUGUCCGUUGUACAGAUCUGUGCGCUUGUGUUGGUUGUGAAAAUUAUGUUCCCACAGAGAACCUGCGUAGAUAAUUGGGAUUCUAAAAGUAAAAAUGGGGAAGUUGACAUCACAAUGAAUUUAGAUUGUGAGAAGCUGUUCAAAUAUUCGUUAACACUUGUGUGAUACACUUAACUUUACAUAAUUAGUUUAUUUUGUGAUCAGAUUUUCUCAGGGUUAAAAUUUGAUACUGUUUUAAACUUGAGAAGUUGGUGAAACUAUGAAAAUUAUUUUUGUAUCAAAGGAUUAAAUGAAACAUCCUAAGAUACAGGAAAUUAACUGAUUGUGUACACAUUGCUUUGUGUACUUACAUAUUUACAGCAUUUCUUUUAGAAAUUGUCAUGAUAAAAGCAUUCCUUGUGUUUCAUAAGGAUGGAUCCAGUACAUGGGGUAGGGGGUGUUGGUCAUGUUUUCAGACAUAAAAUAAAAAAGGAAUAUUUUCACAUAACAAAAUUAUGGCCUUCAUAAGUACUGAGGCUACAUCUUUAUUUUAUUUUAUGGUCAGGAUUAUCAUAGCGUGUUUGUGUGUGUGUAAGUAAUUGUAUGAUUCUGUUGACUGAAGCAUUGUAAACAGGAAUUUUGUUAAAGUUGAAAUGAAGCCCGUGCUCGCAUUAUCAAAGUGGCUAAAUAAUUCAAGAAUACUGUACUACAGGUGGAAUUUGAGAUAUGAAUGAGUCCUCCUGACAUUAAAGGACAUGUCGCACCUAAAUCAUAACAAUUAAGAUUUAGGCUGUUAGUGACCAUCCGAUGAUCCACCAGGAUUAGUUUGUGCAUUUCCGUGACUGGUUUCAAAGUAUAUGGCAUUCGCAGCAAACGGCUAUGGAGACGUCCGAAAAAAACAAAGUACUCGUGAGAACUCAGCGUUCCCAGCGUGCACUUCAAUGGAAUGUAGCUGCUAAUGUUAAGAACUGAGGCACAGAUUAAUUCCAGAGUUUACAU